UCACCGGUCACUCUUACUAUAAGCAAGGCAGUUGGGCAGUGGACAGUCAUUGUCCAUGUGUGUUUUGAUGCAGCUAUACACAAUGAAGAUCUUUGUGUUACUCUCCCUGACGUUGAUGCUGAUGUGGCGGGUGGAAGGAGGAUGCGAGUACUCAGAGAUCGAGGUGACUCAUGGUGAGGGACAGCUAUACUUCCACUGCCCCCACAUAGACUUUAUACUGAGGCCCGGCCAGAGCCGGGUAGCAUCCAACUGCAAGCUGUGUACCUGUACCAUGCGAGGACUUCGAUGCUGCGGAAUUGCCAGCCAUAACAUCGGCACCAUGCAUCUGCCCAGCGGUUGCCAGGUGGUGCAGUCAGACUCCAGCAGAUGCGGCUACAGAGUAGCUCGGAGGUACGACAACACCAUCGACUGCUGAACACCAUCGUUGUCUCCUACACCAUCAGCAACGAGCAACCGAGAGUACUAAAGCACUGAACAGCCUACAACCGUCAUGUUUCAGUUGACGGUGUGUCAGUGUCAUUGUCAUGAAUUGACUAAUGUUUUAAUGUAUGACAAACAUACGAGACACCUUUGACAAAAUCGUCUCUCCUAAUAUCUGACACGAGAAUGUCAGUAUAAUCGCACCUGGAUGAGACGGGCAGGAAUACUUCUGUGUUAACUUGUAUCACCCUUGACAUUUCGGCCUUAACAUUCCUAGGUACACUAAGGUAGCACCAUCUUCCCGAGGCAAGAGAGUUAACUGACUUUAAAAGGCCAGUUUCCACCCUUGCCGAACUAGGCUGGAAUUCCUGGGCUCUAUCGUAGCGCCACCAGUGGCUAUUACGAGUUAUAUCCCUUCUGAGCCUCUCCUUUAGACCAAUCAGAUUCCACCUCUCGUAUCACUUGCAUUUGCUUGAAACAAAACAGUGGCGCCUAGUCCAGACGAUGUGAUCGAUGAUCAAGGCCUAUGUUGUGAUAAAACGAGUCUUACAUCGCGCAGUGCGUGAACAGCUUGAUUAAAAACAUGAACAGAUUUGGAAAAUAUCUGUUGACAACGAGUUGGCGGUGCACAUGCUUUGCAAAACCUGCAAUCGACCGAAAUCUGCAGGACAGUUUACGAACCGGAUUUCGAUUUCGAUAAACGAUUUUGAUUGGACUAUGCAUAGACUCGUUAGUCCAGCCAAAAUGUAACUCCAUAAUACCAGCCUAGUUCGGCAAGGGUGGAAACUGGACUUUUUUAGUCAGUUAACUCCCUUGACUCGGGAAGAUGAGGCAGCACGUGCUUUGAACAUCUUUGCACAAUCAUUUAUGUAUCUUUCUUUUGGAGUGACGUCAGUUAAAGGAAGAUAAAAAUUCAGAUCUUGCAUGGCACGCCUUACAUAUAGAGCUGCGUUCGAAUUCAGUUAAAUUCAUAAUCAUUGUACUCCAAUACUCUAUAAUCUCAGUGUCCAUAUACUGAAAAUAAGCAAUUAAAACAUUGAAACAACUGA